AUGCGUGUCAGCGUACUUCUUCCACAGUUCUUCUUGCCUCCAUCUGCUAUUAAGCUGGGACGUUUCGUCACCAAUAUUGACGAGCCUCACCGAGAUUACCUUGAUCCGAUACCAGGGGAAAGUCUCAGUGUUAUCGAAAAAGUUGAAACGCAGUACGACAGUGCCGACUCUCUUGGGGGUCCGACCCGUACGAAUGCCUCGAUUCACAUCAAUACGGAACAAGUGAAGACCUAUUACCUGGAUAAUAAUGGGCAGUGGUUCCGGGAUACUGUGAAAUCAGAAGAUGUCCGCAAGUGGAUUGAGCGUACUAUCGAUGAGGGAGAGGAUAUAUAUGUUGUGAUCGGUUACCAUACUGUCUUAGAUGCUCGUAUUGCCGAGCAGUCACGAGGACAGAAACUUCUAGAUGGAAAUCUGGCUGUGCCGGUUUCGAGCGAGCAGAUUAUCGCUGUACAAUAUCGCAAGGUUCGAUUUCGGUUUCUGUCAAGCAAAAGCGUUGACAAUGCAACGCUAGCUAAAGAGGCGAGAUGGGAGAGACAUGACCGUCCUCGUUACCUUCAAAGCGAUAUGGAAGAUAUGGUAGAGGUCGCAUUGGAUGAUGACCUGUCACUUGGAGGUGACCGUGACAAGUGUAUAGCAGGAUCGGAGGAAAUUGUAUUUUCGAAUGUUGGCAUUGAUUAA